AUGUUUGCUGACAGUAUAUUACAUCCAGACAUUGAGGACACUGUCGACAAAUUCGAUCUACGGCAACAUGUCAUUACCUCGGUGGAGUGCUUAGGGGGUACUUGGAACGAGGACGAAAAAGAGUGGACUGUGAAAUUCCGCGACGUACAAACCGGUCUGGAAUUCGAGCGCCACACGACCGUCUUCGUUUCCGCAGUUGGUGCUAUCUCCUUUCCCCGAGACGUGAGAUUCAAGGGGAUGGAGAAUUUCAAGGGUGACAUGUUCCACACCGCGCGCUGGGACCACUCGGUUGACUACACUGGCAAGCGAGUGGCAGUGAUUGGAAACGGUUGCAGUGCCGCCCAAGUUGUGCCUGCCGUUUCCGAGAAAGCAGCUUUCGUGCAGCAAUACGCUCGCAGUGCACAAUGGUAUCACGCGCGUCCAAACAAAUCCUUUUCGCAGCUCGAAAAAUGGUCGUUCAGGUGGUUACCUCUCUGGCAACGAUGGCUUCGCUUGCGCAUUUUCCUCCAAACGGAGCGGGAGGCUUACACUUAUUUCUCCUCGGAGGCUGGUGUCAAGGCCAGACUUGCGGCGGAGGACGAGUCCCGAGAAUACAUCCUCUCUCGUACCCCUCCGCAAUACAAGAAGGCCGUGGUGCCUGAUUUCCCUUUGGGAUGCAAAAGACGCAUUUUCGAUCCUGGCUAUCUUGAUUCCCUUCAUCAAUCUAAUGUCAAGCUUCGCAAUGAGGGAAUCCAGGAGUUUACCGAGAACGGGAUCGUCGGAUCUUCGGGCAUUGAAGACGAGUUCGAUAUUAUUGUGCUUGCAACCGGCUUCCAGGUCUCGCAGUUCCUUGCACCUAUGGAAAUCUAUGGUCGACAUGGCGUCUCUCUAAACAAACAGUGGAGCGAGUCCCGAGGAGCGCAGGCCUACUAUGGCACGUUCGUGCACAACUUCCCCAACUUGGCCAUCAUCUUCCCUGCAAACAAUUCCGCUCUGUUUGCCUGCGAAACCCAGGUUUGCUUCGCGGUCAAGGCACUCUUCGAGCCAAUCCUCGACCAUCGAGUUCGAGUGGUGGAAGUAAAGCAGUCUGCCGAGGAGAGACAUACGAUCUCUCUUCAGGAGCAGCUUAAGGGCACUGUUUUUGCAGGUAAUUGCUCAAAUUGGUAUAUUAAUGAGUUUGGUCGAAAUGUCGCUUCGUGGCCGGCGAUGGCGGCUUUCUUUUGGUUGGAGACAUUCUGGCCAAAUUGGAACGCAUUCAUCUGGAAGGAUGGCUCCGCUACAUGGCCCCUCUACCGAUUUGCUAGAUGGUGGAAAAUGAGUUCGUGGUGCUCCAAGGCAAGCAUUGCGGCGAUGGUCGCCGUCUUCCUGUCGCAAAGCAGAGCCGGUAGUGCCAUAGGGGUCACUGGGGCUUUGGAGACCUUGUAUGAAAGUAUUAGGGCUCUGGCGUGCUACAUUGCUAGCUAG